UCAUAAAAUAGGGGAACAAAAACAGUUUCUUCUCUUUCGUCUUUCCUUUGUUUCUUCUUUCUCUUGUUUGUCUUUAUUUUCACUAUAAUUUCUCUGCUUAUUUUCAACGCUUAUGUCUCAACCCAAUUUCUUUAGCCAGCCGACUCCUAAUUUGCAGUUUAAUGCGAACGGCGGAUUUGGCACAAAUGAAAUACCUUUGCAAUUUGCUGCUUCAGUACCCCCUCGUCCUUCUUCUCAACGAUCUCAACCUCAACAGCAGCUUCCUUUGAGCUUUCAGAAUGGACAAGAUCUUCUUAUGCAACAACAAUUCUUACGUGGGUUUUCGAAUAGCCCCUAUGAUAGAGCUACUACUGGUAACUCUACUACAGCUUUUGGGGGUUCGGCCUCUACAACAACCAAUUCCAGUAGUUCAGCCAAGAUUUUGUCCAAAGCUGAACGUAGAGCUGAACAUAAUGCUAUUGAACGUGCUCGUCGAGAAAGUCUAAAUGUCAAAUUCCAACAAUUGGCUUUCACUUUGCCCAAUCUACAAAACGAUACUCGUCCUUCCAAAAGUACCAUCAUUGACCGCACUCUUGACUUUGUAAAAAACGCUCUUUUAAAAGAAGAACGUUAUCAACGUCGUAUCAGUGAACUUGAGAAAUUCAACAGUUACUUGUUAUCCGAGGCUGACAAGCGUUUGCAAAAGAAAAAGGCUAGAAAGAACAAUAACAGCAAGAAGACUGUUCCCGAAGCAUGUUCCGACGAAACGAUGGCCGGUACCGCCUCUCCAGAAAUGGUGCCUGAAAUGGUUUCUUCUGCUGUUUCGUCACCAGUCAUGGAAGAUAAAAGUCAUCAACAUCUUCAAGGAAACACUAUCGAAGAAGAAAUGGAGUCUGACUAUGAAGAUGGAGACGAAGACGACGAAUUCCUUGAUGAAGAAAACGGGCAACAUCAUCUACAGCAGUCCAUCAAACCGUCAGCUACUACAUCUUCUAGCUUCUUUGUUAAGCAAUCAGCCAUUCAAAAUAACUUUUCUCUCACAGAUAACAACCAACAACAAUUCACUUUCAACCAAAAGUUCUCUUCCCCUCCUCUCAGUAUCAACGAUAAAUCAGGCAAUCAGUUUCCUGUGCUACCAUCAUCGGUACCAGGCUUCCCGAACUACAUAAAUACUUCCAACAGCACCAAUAAUACUGCUUCAACCACUGCAUCUACAACUGCUACCAGUAACUGGACCACUCCCGCUAUGGUUACAUCAGAACCUAGCACUACUAUUAUGAAGUCUGAUAUGCCAUUCUUCAAUUUACAACAGCACCCUUCAUCCAUGAUGAUGCCAAAAUUUCAAACCGCUCUUCAUCAACCAACCGUUUUACCUGGAUCAUUCAGCAUGAUGAGUGCUCCUUCCUCUGACAGUACGACAAGUUCGGCAACAACAACCACAACCAUGUUUAACCCAAGCACUACCACAACCUUCCCUAUGAUGCAUAACGACACAUUCUUAAAUACACACAUGCUGAAUGCUACAACUACUGCUUCUGAUCAGUUUAUGCACAGGCAAUAGCAACUUUGCGAUUUUUUGAUACCCUUACGUUCCGCCUCUUUUUAUUAAACCACCAAAAACAUACACAUUUGUCUAAUCACACACAGAGUAGAAUUUUUAUGCCUUUCUCAAUCACUUACACACGCACAAAAAAUCGGCCAAAAAAACCUAAACAUACCUUUCGUUCUCUUCGUUCUUUUAGUCUCACAUCAGCAACAACUCACAUACACACACACAUAAAUAUGCUUUUUCAAAAAAUUUUUAAUGUAUAUAGUUUCUUUUCUACAUACACUUUUUAAGUAUUUCUCGAUCACUUUCUCUUCUCUUUCGUUCAAUGCUUUUAACCAAUUACUACUACUACUAUGACUACGCGUACGUUUCUCUUUUUUUUUAUCUGCAUUUCAACUUGCUUCCUCUACUUUUUUUCUCUUAAAAUAAAGAAAUAAAUUACCAAUUGUAACACAACA